GAGAGCCCCCGCCGGGCCAAAGAGCUGCUCAGGUCCGCCCACUGCUCCGGCCCCGCCGUGAAGCCCUACCCCCCCAUCUUCCCCUCCUACAUCAAGACCACCACCAGACAGCUGAGCUCCCCGGGGCACUCCCCCGCCCUGUCCCCCUCCCACAGCCCGCUCUCCCCCCGCCGGUCCCAGCACCACCUCCACAGUAAAGCCCCUGUGAAUGCCAGCAGGACGUUGGUGGAGGGCCAGGCCCGCCGGCAGCGCUCCCGCAGCCUGGCCAGCCCUCUGAGCCGCUCCGCUGACUGGACGGAGGAGCUGGAGAGGAGGCUGAGGAGCAGAGAGGAAGCUGCAGGAGGUUCAGGAGAGUAUCUGUUGGGCUACGGAGGAGGAGGCAGUCAGCCCAUCUGUGCCACCAGAAGAUCUUCCUGUGGACAGGUCUCUCUGUGUGGCUUUCAGGACGUCUUUACAGGCCGUACUCUUCUGGAGAAGCUGUUUCUGCAGCAGAGGCAGCCGGAGGAGCCAGAGGAAGCUGAGAGGUUCUGCUCCCGGAUCCUGGCCAUGGGCCUCCUGCUGCCUUUCUCAGACUGCUUCAGAGAGCCGCUGGGGGGCAGCCCCUCCCACAUCACCCCCACAGCAGCAGCCAAGUUUGAACAUGAACAGCUGUAUACCUGGGCAGCGGUCAGCCAGCCUCCACAUUCCCUGGAUCCUCCAGAGGGAAAACUAUCGACCCACAUCAGGGGCCUCUGGCCUCCAGUCAGGCCAGGUGGAGAAAACCGAACCGGACUUAAAUCCACAGGGGCAGGUGGCCUAGCUCCACCCCCUCCACCUCCACCACCCCCACCUUCUAGCGGCGGACCUCCUCCUCCCCCCCCUCCCCCAGGAGCUGGCUGUGUUCCUCCGGGUUUGACAGGAGCUCUGGGUCACCUGCCUCCCCCACUGCCGCUGGGUCUGUACUCUCUGGGCCUGACUCAGGAGAAACCACCACGGAAAGCAGCCGUGGAGCCCCCCAGACCCAUGAAGCCCCUCUACUGGACCAGGAUCCAGCUCCACACCAAAAAGGAGAUCUCGUCUUCUCUGGUGUGGGAGAUAGUUGAGGAACCCAACGUGGACUUUGAUGAGUUUGUGAAAUUAUUCUCCAAAACGGCGGUGAAGGAGAAGAAGCAGCCUCUGUCUGAGACUAUAACCAAAUCCAAGGCAAAGCAGGUUGCAAAGCUCCUUAAUAACAAAAGAUCUCAGGCAGUAGGAAUCCUCAUGUCAUCUCUGCACCUGGACAUGAAAGACAUCCAGCAUGCCAUCCUAAACCUGGACAACACUGUAGUUGAUCUUGAGACUCUGCAGGCGCUGUAUGAAAAUAGGGCACAACAGGACGAGCUGGACAAAAUUGAAAAGCACAUCAAGUCUGCCAAAGACAAGCCUCUGGACAAACCCGAACAAUUCCUCCACCAACUUUCCCUGAUCCCAAACUUCUCCGGUAGAGUCUUUUGCAUCCUUUUUCAGUCCAGUUUCUCUGAGUGUAUGUCAUCCAUCACCAGAAAGCUGGAUACGCUGCAGAAAGUCUGCAAGGUACUGCAGGACACUGAGACCGUGAAAAAUAUUCUUGGUCUGGUUCUGGCAUUUGGGAAUUUCAUGAACGGAGGCAAUCGAACUCGAGGUCAAGCAGACGGGUUCACGCUCGACAUCCUGCCAAAGCUCAAAGAUGUCAAGAGCAGUGACAGUGUAAAAAGUCUGCUGUCUUACAUCGUUGCUUACUACCUCAGACACUUUGAUGAGGAUGCUGGAAAGGAAAGUUGUGUGUAUCCUCUGCCUGAGCCCCAUGACCUGUUCCAGGCCUCACAGCUCAAGUUUGAAGAUUUCCAGAAAGACCUGAUGCGGCUCCAGAAAGACUUAAGAACAUGUACAUCAGAAGUGGAAAAGGUGUGCAAAGUGUCCCAUGAGGAUAAUCUACAACCUUUCAAAGACAAGAUGGAGGAAUUUCUUGGACAAGCGAAAAGUGAACUGGAGACCUUGAAUGCCCAACUCAGCAAAACUCACAAACUGUUCCUGGAACUGACAGUGUUCUUUUCGGUGAAGCCCAAGUCGGGAGAGAAGGAGGUUUCUCCCAACACCUUCUUUUCCAUCUGGCAUGAAUUCUCCUCCGAUUUUAAGGACCAGUGGAAAAAAGAGAACAAAUCUAUUCUCAAAGAGAGGUUAAAAGCAGCAGAGGAGAGUUUCCGGCAGGCCAAGGAGAAGGCCUCCUACAGCAAAGCCAAGCUGGGCAUGAAGAUUUAAUUCAGUGGACUCAGCAUGUUUAUUUUCCUACAAGUGGUCACCAGCAAAGAGUCGAGCUGUGAUGUAUGGACAAACAGAAGACAGGACAUCAUGGAUACGAGGCUGACACUUCUCUGGACAUUACGUGUCGUUCAUCUAUUGUUUGGUCUGAUCGUUUUUGCCUGACUAGUUGGGCUCUAUGACUCAAACAUUGUCAAUGAAGGAUGUUUUGGUUUAGAGCAACACUUACAUUCAGUACAUUACAUCAGCUCUAAAGUCGUCAUACUGUCUGUACACGCUAUACAGCUGCUCUAUAUCCACAGUGUUAAAUAAUGCUAUACAGUCUCGCUACCAGGACUAUUGCAAUGAAUGGUAAGAUCUGACAUUGAGUGCACGGUAUGAGGAGCAAUAAAGAUUUGUGAGCA